AUGAAAAAAUGUCCGUACUGCGGCUCUAAAAAACUUGACAGUCUUACAGAAACCGUCUACUGUGAUGCAUGCCAGUCGUAUUUCAGAAGAACAAAAGAUGAGUUAGUGCCCAUCUUUAUAGAGAAUAAAGAGGUUUACAGAAAAUACCAAAAAAUAAGCGAGAGAAGAGUGCUGUGCACAGUCUGCCAAGAAAGAAAUGAAAUGGAAAUUGAAAAACUCCGGGCAGAAGAAGAGCAAAGGGAAAAGCUAAAAAGACCGAUGAAAAAGGAUAAAAGUGACUUGAUAUUCAGCAAUCUAUGCAGGGAGUGUGUAGAGAGGGUAAAUGCAAAGCUAGAAAGCGAUAGAGUCAAGUACUAUCCAGAGUAUAGAUCAUUUAUAAUUAGAAAAAGAGUCGUUGGCUCUGCAGUAAUUGCUGUCACUGCAGUUAUAUCCAACUGGACAGGUGGAUUAUUUGGGUCUUUUGUGCUUGCUGCAUACAUGAUACGUGAGAUACGUGGACUAGAGAGUGUAUUUAUAAGCAUUCUGUUCUGCAGUCUUGCAUACUUCUUCAGUUGGGUUGUUUUUGUCUUUUCCGUUGUAGUUCUGAUGUGGUUGUUUGCUCGCAGAAAAUGCAAAGAACUCAUAUACUUGCAGUUCAGCCUGGAUGUAGAGAAGAUCCAGAAGGAUAUUCUAAGAAAGAUAAAAAGCCUGCACUUAGGAGAUAAAAGAGACACACAGGAGACAGCACCUCAAGAUAGAAGAAGCUUUGUACACCUGGCAUACAGUCAGCACCAACGGCAUAAUGAAGAGUUAGAUGAAAUUGCAAAGGGAAUUUCAAGUCUGAAAAUAAAAGAUACCUGGUACGGCAAGGUUGAUCGGAUUGUUGAGUGGCUAGCAACAACAUAA